UUCUUGAAAUUUCCGGGGUUUUAGGCGGGCUCCCGAUCGAUCGAUCCAUUGAUCGAGCGCUAGGGCGAGGUAAGAUGCAGGGAUCGCAGCAGCAGGAUUGCGGGAAGAAACGGAAGAAACCGGAAUAUGUCUAUGGGAACUAUCCGUUCUACUAUGGCUACCGGGUCGGGAAGACGCUAGAGGAGGAUCCGAGAGUCAGUGUUUUCAAGCGGGAAUGGAUCGAGAACAGGGAUUGUCUCGACAUUGGGUGCAACGAGGGGCAUGUGACGAUCGCGCUGGCGGUGAAGUUUUGCUGUAAGAGCAUGGUGGGAGUGGACAUUGAUAGCAAGCUUAUCUACAAGGCACGAUGCAAUCUACAGCACGAAGUGGAAGCUCUGGAGAAGGAGGAGAAAAGCAAGGAGGACGAGAGAAAAGUAGAAGAUGAUGAGAGAAUUGCCGAGGAGAAAUGCCUCGAAGAAACGGCGAGGAGGAUCGACACGCAAAAGGUGGGUUUUGGUGGAAAAGUAGCCGCGGCUGCCAAUGACGAUGGUGGCGAAAACGAGAAAGAGCUUGCAACGUGCCACGACGACGAGAAAGAUGUUGUCGAAGAGAAAGGAAUCGGGAAAAUGAGAGCUGCCGAGGAAAAAGAUGGUGUCAAACACGAAAGCAUGGCUGCCGUGGAAAGUUGUGAGAAAGAAGCCGAGAGAAGCUUUGUUGAGGUGGUUUCUGUGAGGACGCAAGGCGACAAUUCUGUGGAAACAGCUACGGCAGUACAUUUUGAGGGUAGCGAAAACGGAGUGACAGAGAAAGAAUUUCUAGCUUCUCACACAAGUGAUGGUGUCGAAGAGAAAGAGAAAAUGGAGGCUAACAAAGUUGAACCAGACGCGAAGGAAAAUGGUGAGCAGAAAAACGAGGAAACUGUGUUUGGAGUGAAUGGAGGAUCGCAGGCUAACUCGAUGGAAGAAGCUGACGAGGGGUACCCUUUCAAGCAAGGUGGUGAACAGAAGAAUUCUGGGAAAACUCCAAGCACAGAUUCUGAGGAAGCAGCCGUCGUGCAAAAAGCUGCCAUGUGUGGGGUCGUAGCUGGCGGAAAGCACACUGCAAAAGAAGCUGGUGAUAAUGUUUUAAGCGGGCUAGAGCUUUCGGAGAGAGUUACAUUCAAAACUCAGAACUACCUCGACGUUUAUUGCAAGCCCGGGACGUACGACACCAUCCUCUGCUUGAGCAUUUCCAAGUGGAUUCAUCUCAACUGGGGCGACGAGGGCCUCCUCAAGUUCUUCGCGAAGGUUUUCAAGGAGCUGCGGCCGGGUGGCCGCCUGGUGCUGGAGCCUCAGCCGUGGGAAUCAUACAGCAAGAAGCGGAGAGUUUCCGAGGUGACGAGAAAGAACUUCCAGAGAAUAAAACUCCGGCCGGACAACUUCCCCAGCAUUCUGACCGAGAAGAUUGGAUUCAAGUUCUACGAAGAGAUCAGCUCGGAGCUGCCGAGUGAUAAGUCCGGAUUCAGGCGGCCGCUUUUUGUCUACCACAAGUAGAGUAGCACCGGGACAUAGCUACAGUUCUGGGAAUUCUGAGAAGACAGGAGAUCUCACGGGGGAAACAGUGUCAGCUCUGGGAGGCCAUUCACUGCAAGAGGUGUGCCAGGGAAAUAGUUGUACGUUUGGGGAAUUCCGCGAAGUCCACUGCAGGGAAUGUAGCGUUUAAGCAACGUAGCAGCAGCAGGCUUCGAGCUUUCUGAAGGCGUCCCAUCAUCGCAAAAUCCUGGAAGAGGAUCCCGUGUGAGCUCAAGCAAGUCGACAAAAGCCAACAGUUGGACUAUUGCGACUUAGCCACGCAUUCAAGUAUCGAACGUGGUUUGGAUGGACUACUCGGGAGUUUGAAGUUCGUAGACGACAACCUUCGUCAUUUCCUUCACGAGACGAGCAGUAUGUUUCUCUCAUUCUCGCUUGCGUUUUUUAGUUCUAGUUUUCCUCUCUUUGCUUCAUUCCCUGUAAUAGUUUUUACAGCUUGUUGGACGACUCUCGCCAAGGUUUCUUCUUCGUAGGUGUUGUUGUUUUUAUCUGGAUUGACGCAGCAACGGAUUUAAAUUGGGGUGUUCUUGACUUUGAGCGGCGAAAGAUCACUGGAACUUCGGGGGCGGGUUAUUCUAAACUGGCAGCAAAUAAUGCCAUGUGUUGUGGACUUGAGAAUGGAUUCUUCUAAGUGUUUUUCUAAGGGAUUGGCGAGAAAACUAGUGGGGCGAGUCAAAUGGAUGAGAUCAGCUUUCACCAAAGCAUAGUGUUGCAAAUUAAGAGUGGAAAGUGACUGAGAUGAGAGACCCAUUCAUUGUCACCUUCACUGGAAUGGAAAAAACCAUGGCCAACUUCAA